GACAAAAUGUCUGCGAGGAUCCUGGAGGGGAUCGGCCGAUCCCAGACACCCAGCUCACCUCCCGCUUCGGGGGUGUUGGGGUGAGUGUGGGCUGCGAGACUCGCGGCGGCGGCGCGUGCCCACGGGAGACUGGGGAGUCCCGGGGGACAGCACUGCUGAUGGUUCUUGAGAAGUCAUAAGCCACACUUCAGUGUUUCCACCUGAGAACCUGGGCUGGCUAGAAACCCUGAGGCAAUGAUAGAGAUAGCCCACCGCCUGAUUUGAAGGCGCUGCCUAGAGAAUGAGGAGCGACGAAACGGCCGUGACCAUGGAAGAGACGGGCGGGCCGGACGCGCUUGCGGGCCGUCUGGGGGCGCCGUACUCCGAGGCCUGGGGGUACUUCCACCUGGCGCCGGCGCGCCCCGGCCACGCGUCGGGACCCUGGGCAACCUGCCGGCUGUGCGGGGAGCAGGUGGGCCGCGGCCCGGGCUGGCACGCGGGCACCGCGGCGCUGUGGAAGCACUUGAGGAGCGCGCACCGGCGGGAGCUGGCGGAGAGCACCUCCCGCCGCUCGCCGCCCGUCGCCCCCGGCCCUGCCGCGGCCGCCGAGGGCGACUGGGCGCGCCUGCUGGAGCAGAUGGGCGCGCUGGCCGUGCGCUGCAGCCUGCGGGAGCGCGAGCUGGCGCGACGCGAGGCGGCCGUGGAGCAGGGCGAGCGCGCCCUGGAGCGCAGGCGGCGGGCGCUACAGGAGGAGGAGCGCGCGGCGGCCCAGGAGCGCCGGGAGCUGCAGGCCGAGAGGGAGGCGCUGCAGGCGCGGCUGCGGGAAGUGAGCCGCCGGGAGGGCGCCUUGGCUUUGGGCUCGGCCCUGCUGCACGCUCCGCUCAAAGAGGAGCCCGAGGGGGACCCCAGGGACGGCUACGUCAUCACGAAGGUCUUCCUGUAGGUUUUAGCCGCUCCCACCCCCCACCCCCACCCCGGGCCAGCGCUACUCAAAAAGUGUGGCCCGCGGACCGGCGUCUUCAGCCUCGCCUGGGAGCGAGAUCUCAGGCCCGUUGCCGCUCUGCCUAAUCGAAAUCGCCAAAUGUGGGGUCUUGAGAAGCACUUCGAAGGCCAGGCAGAACCAAAAAUCACUCCGUGGUCCUCCGGGGUGCCUGGGAGCGCAAGCCCCAGCGGCCUCCAAUGCUGGUGGCGUUUAGUGGCAUCCGUGCAGGGGGUGGUUUUCCUCUGACUGCCUUCGGAAUGAGAGCUCCAACAGCCCUGUGAACCUAGAUCACCUGGAGCCAUGACCAUCUUGUGCCUGGUGACUUUGAAAGGACAGGAGCUUCCUUACACACCAAAGACUAUCACACCAGGUGCCUGUACACCAGCCAGGGCAACCCAGGGGAGAGGGUGCAUGGAAAUGAUAAAGCAUUUUUACCCAAAAAAGUUUUCCUCAUUUCCUAAUGAGUAAAUCUUUGAUGAGUAGUCUUUGCCCAGCACCAAUUUCUGAACGGGAGAGUUUCCAAGACUGCUUAUUGCCCUGUCAUUUCUAGUGUCUUAGGUAGGCAGUCCUGGAGAAGCCCUCUUUUUGCUCCCCUCCCCAGCUUGCCCGGCAGUACCAAGCACCCUAUCUUACCUCCGCCCUCUUUUUUCCCCUGUUUCAGAGCCAGUGGCAGCUGGGCUGUUUCCCCACUUAACUGCCUCACACCUGCCGCCUUACUAGCAAGACAUGACCCCACCCCCUCCUUGUUAUUAGGAAGGGAACUUCUGCCCCCGCAUCUCCACAGUCCUCACUCCUGGGCCAAGGGGAAGGCACCCUCCCAUCUGAGGCCACCUCCUCCUCUCAUGUUUUCAUCCAUUCCUCUUCCACCUUUCCUGGGCCCUUCCUCCACAACGUUACCUCUUUUCCUCUGUCUCAUUCCCUCCCUUUCUUCAGAGUCUUCCUCUUUAGCAAUGCCCCAGUCUUCCUUGGACUGAAAAGAAAGACUCCCCCAGCCUGGAUGCUCCCAACUGAGCACCCCCUAAGCAAGGACUGUCGAGCAGUCCUUGCUGCUUAGAUUUCUUCCCCAUUCCUUACUCCUUCACUCGUGGUCAGCUUUUCAUGCUACACUGGACUCUUAAGAAGCCACUACAGUCUCACAAUGGCUGAAUAGAUGAUUUUCAGCCUUCAUUUUGCUUAAUCUCUCCCUUCUUGAAAUUUUUCCUUUGGUAGAUGGAACUUGCUUUUCCUCCAGAGAACUCCUUUUCCUGAUGUAGACUGAUUUCCAAACAGUUUUUCUUCAGGUCUCUUUUUUCCUCAUUUUUCUGAGAAUUUGAAAAUGUUCAAGCAUCCAGAAAAAGUUGAAAAGCUAGUACAAUGAAUACCCACAUAUACCCUCCACCUAAACAGUUAACAUUUUUGCCAUAUUUAUUUUUCUUCCCUCCACCCCAAACAUGAAUGGCAUUUCAUCCCUAAAGUAUUUCAGCAUGUUUAUCCCAAUAGCCUCUAAGAUAGAGUCCUUAAUUGAAAUUCCCUAAUUGUCCCAAGAGUGUCUUUUUCUCUUUUCUAAAAAACAGGGCCCAGUUAAGAUUCAUACAUUACUUUUGAUUAUAGCUCUAGUCUCUUUUAGUCUAGAACAGCCCCCUUACUAUUUUUUUCCAUGACAUUUACUUUUUUAAAAGUCCCGGCCAUCUUAUGUAUGUCUUAUAGACGUCCUGUAUUCUGGAUUUAUCUGUUUCCUUAGGCCAAUUUAUGUACCCAAUCUUGGUUCAUCUACCUGUAGAGGUACAAUAAUCACCUCUGUGCCAGCGACUCCUGACUACCUCCAGCCUUGAGUGUUCUUCCGGGUCUAUCCUUCAUGGCCAGUCCCCUGCAGCAUGUCUCCACCUCUAUUUGCAUAUCUUGCCACAGGAGAUGGUAGGGGUAAUUCUAUUCAACUCUGCAUCUCCACCCCUGACCCAAUAACUAGUAACUACUGGGCUCUUAAAAAUGUAUCAGGUACAUUUACAUGUAUUAUCUCACUUUAUUUCCACAGCAGCUCCUUGGGGGGCAGGUAUUAAUACUAUGCCCAUUUUACAGCUAAGGAAACUGAGAGAGGGGUUAAGUGGCUUGUACGAGAUUACAGCUGGUAAGUAGUUGAGUCGGGUUCCAAAUCCAGUCUCUACCUGCAGAUGCCAUGCUCCCAGCUGCCGUACUGUCGGCCUUGUUACUCAGUCACCGGAGCUGACACCUGUCUCCUUCCUAAUUCCAACUCCAGGUAGUACCAUCAGUGACAUUAACAUGUACUGAGCACUCACCAUGCCAGAGCUGUGCUAAGAUGCUUCACAAGAAUAACUGCCUCUGCCUACUAUGCAGCAACCCCACGAUAUAAUUACUCUUAUACCCAUUUUGUAGAGAAGAGACAGGCUCAGGGGAACUAAGUAAUGUAGCAGCAGAGUAGGAUUUGAGCACCCAUCUCACUGAAUCCUAGGCCCCUGAUCUAUUGAGUCUAUUUCUACAAAGUAUCACAGCUGUCUUCCUUCUGAUGCCACCUGCUCAGCUCAGGCCCCAUUUAUCAUUCAUCUGGGAUUCAUCUUCCCAUCCUUGUCUUCCCACACUGUCCCCUACUUGGCCAAAGGAACUGUCCUAAGCUGACAUUGAUUGUAUCACAUUUCCUGCUCAAAGGACCCCCAAGAUCACCCAUCAUCUACAAGCUCUAGCUUUGUGGCUUGAAAUUCAAGUCUCCUCUACCCCUGUGCCAGUCUUAUCUGUCCCUUCCCCUACGCAUGCUGUAUGCUUUGGCCAAAUUGGACUCCUUGUUCUUCUGACAUGCCCUGGUCUUGGCACCUCUGUGCCUCAGUUUGCCUUUCCUCCAUUUAAAAAAGCCCCUUCAAUUUCUAAGUAUGAAAAAUCCCGCCCAUUUUCUAAGACCUAGCUCAAAUUCGACUGCCUACAUGAAGCUUUCCUGGAUUCCUCA